UACUGUAUAAUAAUUUUGAUAAAAUACCAAUUACGUAUUUAUCAAAAUGAUCUAACGAACAGACUAAUUUCAUACAGGAAAUAAUUAAAUGAACCAUACUUCCAUAGUAUUGUAAAUUAUUAAAUAGAAUAAGGAAAUGUCAAUUAAACUAGAGACAAUUUUAUUAGUGUUUCAUUUCCUAUGAAUGAAAAUUAAUAUCACAAUAAUUGAAUCUCAUUAAAAUGUCUACAUAAAUUUAUGGAUCAGAAUAUAUAUAUAUAUAUUACAGUUCGCAGAGAUUUUUCAAUCAGUAGACGACAAAAUGAAGUCUUGUUUUCUCAUUUUAUUCGCUUUUAUUUUGACAUCGUAUUUUCAUUUUGGUAUAGCACUAAGAUGUCAAUCGAUUAAUCAACAAAUUGAUGAUCGGUUUGAGAAAAUUUUAAAAACUUGUCGAAAACGAAAUUUAGAAAAUAAUAAUUAUGAUAAUGAUUCUAACGAUUCUUCAAAUGAAAGUAAUGAAUCUUCGGACAGUUCUUCUGACUCAAAUGAAGAUGACUUUAAUAAAAAGUUUUUUGCCAAAAAUAAUAGCAGAUUUUAUACUAAUGAAUUUUUAAAUGAACAAAAUGAUAGAAACAAUAGAGCUGGCCAAUCUACAAGAAAUGCUAAUUCACAAUCUUAUCAUUUUAAUAAUGGAAAUGAAAGAUCAAGAAAUGUAGAUUACUAUGAUACAAAUGAUUGGGGAAAUGUGAGAAAUUCUGCAAGUAAUCGAAAUUAUCAAGACAAUCGUAAUCAAAAACAAAAUAAUUCUUGUAUCUCUCAAUGUUUUCUCAACGAAUUAAAUGCCGUUGAUCAAAGAGGCUUUCCAGUACAAGAAUCCAUGAUACGAGCAAUGACAGAAAGAAUCUAUGAUUUAGAAUUACGUGACUAUAUAGAAGAAUCAAUUAUACAGUGUUUUCAGUUUCUUCAUUCUGUUAAUAGAAUGGAAAAAUGUGAAUAUUCACAAAAUUUAAUAACAUGUUUAAUAGGAAAGGGCAAAGAACAAUGCGAUGAUUGGAACAUAUAAUUGAUUUCCACUAUUUUUGGAAUUUUCGAAUUUUCACCAUCACUUUUUUUUCAAUAUGCACUACAAUAUUAUUGCAAUAAUUAUGAAAAUUAUUAUCAAGAUAAAUAGAAAUAAAUAAACAUACUUUUAUGAAAUUACUAACUUAGUUAUAGACAAAAAUUAUAAUAAAUAUUUAUAUUAACAAUGAAUAAACUGUAUGUAUUUAUUUGAAAUGUUUACAACAACAUUAUACUAUAUUUUGCGCUUGUAAAAACAUUAUCGUUCAUUAGAAAGAAGCAUUAUUUUAUAUAUAGCUCUUUAUAUAUAUCUAUAUAUUAUUAUCAUCAAUUAAUAUAUUGAAAACUGUAGUACUAUCUAUACAUUUGUAAAAAUCAUAAUAACCAGCAGAGUAUAGUAGUAUACCUUUGAUCAUAAUUAUCC